AUGGGGGCGGAGAACAGAAAAAGCUCUCCCUGUGGGACUCUGGUUGAAAGUAGGGCUGUUGGAGUUUGUCUCUGUGGGCAAAUGUGGAAAGAAACAGAGACGGAAGACAAAAAACAUCGACUGGACCAAAAAGAAAUGAAAAGGAUUAACAGAUGAGGAAGAUCGACAAAACAGCGCUUUCAACGAAGCUGAACUGAACCCAGGGGCGAGAGAAAGGAAAAGAAGAGCUGCAGAGACUUGUCUAUACAACAGGAAGGGGGGGGGAGAUGACUGAGCAGGCUUUGACUUCUACCUCCAAUAGUUGAGAGGAAACAGUGAUGACGAUUCCCAGACAAGAAAAUGAAGUGAUUUGAAGAAAAGUGUUAGAAAACAGCUGAGAACUGCUGGGAAAGAUUACAUAUGAGGCAGCAAACACAGAAAAGACAAAGAAAUCUGGAAUCAUAGCAGCCGUGGCGGACAGCAGAUAGAGUGAAGGAGAGGAGAAACAGAAGGAGAGAGGGGCUAACGGGUAAGGAAGGUAUGAGGGGACAGAUCUUGAAGCCCCUCCUCUCUUUGAUGAUCACUGUCCUCCUGCUGGCAAGCCUGCUGACCACUUUCAUCUGGUACACGCUAGAGAACAAUAAUGUGCAACCUAAGCGGUCACUUCCUCAGAAGAAAACUGCUCCUCAAACAUCUGCUUUAUGCAAAGACUGUAGAGAAAAAAUAAACAAAGUCUUAGAACAGUACUCAGAAGCCUGGAAGAAACAAGAAGAGCAUUACCAAAAGUUCAGGUGUAUUUUAUGUUGCACUGAGUCAUCAGACUACUUGUGGCUCCCCAGAUCACAGCUGAACACAAAGUGCCAUGGUUUAGAGAAGGCUACAAUUACCCAGUCAAACACUCCAGUGGGAACAAAGCUUGUUUAUGAUGGAGAGAAGAAGAGAACCCUUCAAGUGAACCCAGAGAUUUUCAGCACCUUUUUUAAAGGGCAUCCGUUCCCAAAUAAAACCUGGCAUACAUGUGCUGUUGUCGGGAAUGGUGGGAUCCUAGCAAACAGUAGCUGUGGCAAAAUGAUUGAUUCAGCUGAAUUUGUUAUCAGGUGCAAUCUGCCCCCUUUGUCAAAUGGGUACGAGAAACAUGUUGGCAUCAAGACGGACCUGGUGACAGCAAAUCCAAGCAUCUUCAUGGAAAAGUUUGGGGCUCUAAUGGGACGUCGACGUAAGUUUGUGGAAAGUCUGCGCAGCUAUGGCGACUCCUUGCUGCUUCUUCCUGCCUUCUCCUUUGGCCACAACACUCCUGUAUCUCUCCGAGCUUUUUACACACUUGAGGACUUUGAAAGCCCCGUUCGACCUAUCUUCUUCAACCCGGGGUACCUCCAUAACCUGGCCCUCUUCUGGCGCUCUCAGGGCCUGAGAACGAUACGACUCAGCACCGGUAUCAUAAUGACAAGCCUAGCUCUGGAACUCUGUGACAACGUACAGCUGUAUGGAUUCUGGCCCUUCGAUUUUCACCCAUACAGCUUUCAAACUCUGACUAACCACUAUUAUGAUGACAGAAAAACCAAAACCAAGUUCCAUGCCAUGCCAGAUGAGUUUAACCACUUGUUGCGGUUGCACAGUCAGGGUGUUCUCAAGUUACACCUUGGAGAUUGCAAAGCAGAGCCAAAUUAGACUCCUCAGGCAAAGAGCCAAGUGCCUUCUCAAUUGCCUCAGGUGAACCCAACCAUCAAGACUUUCUUUUAAUCACAAGACUGUAUGGACUGUAUAGACUGACUAACUCCACAGACCAGGCCCUAUCUGCAUCCACAAAACUUGUACUGAGAUCAAAAUGCAACAAAAAGAGGACAAUAACUAGUAUGAAUUUCAUCUUGUUUCACAACUUUAUCUGUUUUGUUCAGGUUGAUGUCUGGAAGAGACUAUGUGCCUUUGUGAGGCCAUUAUUGUUUAGUGCCACUGCCUUAUGUUACAUUGUUAGUGAUGCGUUUUGAGUCAGGGUUACUAUGUUUUAAUGGAAAUCAAAUAUCUCCUUUAGAAGAAUAUUGUAACUAAAUAAAAACACCAGCAAAAUGAAUGUAAUAGGUAUUUUAAUACAUUUAACCACUUUGAAAGGUAAUUUGUUUUAAAUUAACAACAUGAAUGUGUUGGUACAGAACACUUUUUUCACUAUGGCAGACUUAAAAUGAAAGAUUAUGCCUGUCCUGCCUUAAACAUAAAGAUCAUAAUAGAUAAAAAGAAAAUGAAAAUACAAAUUGCACAAUUCUUUACAGAAAUUAUAACACAGCUUAGGUGCUUUUGGAUACAUUUUGAUCCAAAACACCUAAGUUGUUCAGUUACAAGUCUAGAAGAAAUAUUUCCUGCCACUUUGAGGCAGGAAAGUGUUGCAGCAGUUCAGUUGUUCUUUAUCUGUUUAUUGCCGAUAUUUCCCUAUGUAGCAGCUCAACGCAGCUGCUGUAAUUUCUGAUUGUUCAAUAAAAUCAAAAACUGGACUAACUGCCCCGUUCGUUCAUUGAACAUCGCACAAUUUUGUUCAUCAAAUAGAACAAAAUUAUUUCACAAAAUAUUUUUAAAAACUCUGGCUCCUACACCAGUAAUUAUGUAAAAUGUCAUUAAUUGUCCAAUGUCAAGAUAAAUGUGGCCAGACUUCUGGUAACAGACUCAAAUGCACUUCUAUCAUUACCCUAAAAUUAAACCAGAUGUUACAUGUUUUAGGUCAAACAAGUAAUCAUUACAGAGCAAAGACACAUCUGACUUGAA